AUGGAGAACCAUAACAAUCAGAAAAUUUAUCGAAUUAAUUCGACGAGAACAAAUUUCAUCUACACUAGUGACACACCAGAAGAAGACACGAAUAUCGUGUACAACAGUUUUUAUGAGAUCAUUAAACUUGAAAAGAUGUCGUUACUUAAUCUGUUUUAUUUACAUAUAACUAUUGUUGUUGAUAAGGGGAAAGAUAACGUUCUACUCUCUUAA